AUGCAGACUGCCAGAGAGAGGGGAACUGAUAUACUACUUUUCAGUGAGCAGUAUAGGAAGUCGGAACACUCUGUCUGGUUUGAGGAUGCAUCAAGGAGAUCUGGUAUACAAGUAUGUAACCCGGACAUCACCAUUGGUGAUUUUCUGGAGACCGACAAGGGGUUCGUUUGGGUGGAGUUGGCGGGGGUACGCGUCUACAGCUGCUACUUCUCUCCGAACGAUCCCUUUAAAAAGUUCGACUCUGAGGUUCAGGCUCUUGAAGAAAGCAUUCAAGCUUUCGGUGGGGAUGUCCUCAUUGCGGGAGACUUUAAUAGUAAGUCGCCGGAAUGGGGAGAGACUCGUCUAGACAGGAGGGGAACCUUAGUGUCGGACAUGGUCGCAGCGAAUGAUUUGGUGGUGGUGAACCGGGGACGAGAGUUCACGUUCAGACGCGGGGUAUCAGGGUCUAUCAUUGAUUUGACAAUUGCGACGCCCCGCGUGGCCCGUAGAAUUGUGCGGUGGGAGGUGCUGGAUGAAACAACUAUGAGCGAUCACCAGUACAUAGAGUUCAUAGUCGCUGAGGGAAAUUUAGAAGGGAACAGCAGGCCUUAUGUUUGCCGUAAAAAACCCUCUUGGAAUCUCAGACGACUGAAUCGGGCGAAGUUGUCGGAGUCUUUAGCCGAGUCUCGAGCUAUACACGAGCUGGGCUGGAUAACGAAGCCAACUUCGGUGGGUGAUAAAGUGCGUGAGGCGAGGCGAGUAAUCAUUGCAGCGUGCAACUACUUAAUGCCUCGCCGGCAACAAAAAAGAACUAGGAAGGGAGCUCUGUACUGGUGGAACGACGAACUAGCUCGCUUGAGGAGAGAAUGCCAUGCAGCAAGAAGGAAAUAUACCCAAUCUAAGGGAGACCUUCUGCUGCAAGAAGAGUGGCAAGAAGCUAGGCACAGUGGCUAG